AUGAGCUGCCCGGUCACGUGCGCCGCCUGGGUGCGCCGCGGCGUUGCCAAGGAGACGCCGGACAAGGUGCGGCUCGGCGCGGAGGAGCUGAGGCGGCUCAUCGGCGAGGCGCGCGGCGCGCUGCGGGAGGAUGCUGAUGGCAGCGAUGAAGAAGAGCAAGGCCAGGGGGCCGACAGCAUGGAUAUUGCUGCUGCUGCUGGCAGAACGGAGUCCUCUCCUAAAAACGAAGACCAGGAGGAAACCACUGAAAAGCUGAGUGAUGAUGAGCUGGCUGAAUAUGAAUUGGACAAAUACGAUGAAGAGGAAGACACAGAUGAUACGAAGCUUGGAGAGACUUUUGCUGGUCUGGCAGUGUAUGGGAGCAAUGAGCAUGAUCCUUACAUCACCCUAAAAUCCACUGAUCAGUAUGAACAGGAGGACUUUGUGAUUAAGUCCAGUGACAAUCUGGUACUUUGUGGCAGAGUUGAUAAAGAUUACUGUAGUUUAGAGGUUCAUGUUUAUAAUCAUGAUGAGGACUCAUUUUAUGUACAUCAUGAUAUUAUUUUGCCUGCAUAUCCUCUGAGUCUGGAAUGGCUGAAUUUUGAUCCUAAUCCUAAUGAGUCAUCAGGAAAUUAUGUUGCAGUAGGCAACAUGACCCCAGUUAUUGAUAUUUGGGACCUUGAUAUAGUGGACUCCUUAGAGCCAGUCUUUUCCCUUGGAAACAAGAAAGAGAAAAAGAAGAAGAAGAAAGGAAAGAAAGGUUUAUCUACAGAAGGGACAGCGGAAGGGCACACUGAUGCUGUGCUUGACCUCUCUUGGAAUAAGCAAAGCAGGAACGUGUUAGCAAGUGCAUCCGCUGACAGUACUGUGAUUCUGUGGGAUAUGUCCGUGGGAAAGCCAGCAGCCAGCCUGACAUCACAUACAGACAAGGUUCAGACAUUGCAGUUUCACCCAUUUGAGACUCAGACCCUUAUUUCUGGAUCUUAUGAUAAGUCAGCCGUGCUCUACGACUGCCGAAGCCCUCGAGGGACGCACCGGACGUGGCGCUUCAGCGGCCAGGUGGAGCGGGUCGUGUGGAAUCAUUUCGCKCCCUGUAACUUCCUGGCGAGCACGGAGGACGGCUUUGUGUACUGCCUGGAUGCGCGCGCCGAAAAGCCGCUCUUCACCCUGAAGGCCCACGAGGAAGAGGUGUCAGGGCUGCAGCUCAGCAGUCAGGUCAGGGGGUGCCUCGUGACCUCAUCUGCAGACAAAUACGUGAAGAUCUGGGAUAUCCUGGGAGAGAAACCAAAUYUGGUCCAUUCUAGGGAUAUGAAAAUGGGCGUGCUCUUCUGCGCAGCCUGCUGCCCUGACCUGCCCUUCGUCUUUGCUUUUGGGGGAGAGCGCGAGGGGCUCCGCGUCUGGGACAUAAGCAGCAUUUCUGCAGUGAAUGAAGUUUUUGGAAACAGAGAGCGACUUGUUCUGGCUGGUGCCAACACCGUGCCCCGCAGCUCCUUGGCCAGCAGUAGCAGCAACAAUUCAGAGACAGCAAUGGAAUCAUGACAGACCAGACUUCCCCAAUUCCAAGUAAUUCAUGGGACUGCCCAUAAACAUGUAUUCUGCAUCCUUCCCCUGCUUGGCAGGUGUUCCUAGAAAUGACUUGAGGGUCUUGUGAUCUGCAUCCUUCUCCAUCUCCUUCAAAGAAACAUGGUGCUGGGGUCGUGCUCAAAGUUCCUGCCUCCGUCACUAGCCUUGAGAGGAUUCUUGCUCCUGUCUGAGACUGUGACCCCUGAAACAGGGGGUGGUCAAAUCAAUCUGUAAGUCUUCACCAGAAGGAAGUGUUGCAGAGAAGUGUGGGUCCUGUGUGGCAAAGACGGUAAAACUAUGGGCUAAUAAUGAAAAAUAUUUCGGACAGAACUGGUCUAGUGUAAAACAUGCUGAACAAAAAGRGCCAGUGUACAUAAUCAAGGGCUCUAUCCUUCAAGUAAGUUGUGACGAUAUUUACAGAUUUCUAAUACAUUUUAAAAAUUCUUGUUCAUUUUUGUCUUCAGUGUAGUUCCUGGAAUGCAAGUGAGAUCAUCAAGAUCAAACCAGAACUACCCUCUUUCCCAGCAAAAGUUUCUUUUGCACAGUUCCACAGCACUUGGAGCUCACUGAUAGUGCAUCUCCCACCCUGUUCUACRGGUGAUAUUUAAAGAGAAUUUGAAUGGAAAGGGGAGCUCUUAGGCAGAAGAGGAUGAACA